GCCCCACCAACGACCGAAGAACGAAGCCCCGAACCAUCAUCUUACCGACAAAGCAAGGAACUUCCUCGAGGACCGCCAAAGACAUCACGACAAUCAGAAAUUACCUUCACUCCACCCACUACAUCAAAAAUCAUGUCUGACGCAGGAGAGGAAAUCCCCCAGGUCGAGGCCGCCGAGGAGAUCGAGGUCCCCGCCGACGCUGCUACCAAGGGGCAGAUGUCCGUCGAGGACGCUCUCAAGGGUGUUCUCCGCCACGCCCUCGUGCACGACGGACUCGCCCGCGGUCUCCGUGAGGCCUCGAAGGCUCUGGACCGUCGUCAGGCACACAUGUGUGUUCUGAACGAGAACUGCGAUGAGGACGCCUACAAAAAGCUCGUUGAGGCCUUGUGCUCAGAGCACAAGAUCCCCCUCAUCAAGGUUGCCGACGGAAAGAAGCUCGGAGAGUGGGCUGGUCUUUGCGUCCUCGACCGUGAGGGCAACGCCCGCAAGGUCGUCAACUGCUCGUGCUGUGUCGUCCGCGACUGGGGUGAGGAGUCGCAGGAGCGCAACGUCCUCCUCGAGUACUUCGAGACCCGGUAAAUCGACAACAUUUCCUACGACAUCAUCGCAUCCUGUCAUUGCUAGUUGGAGGAUACCAGAUUCUCUUUCAGUAUAACGACUAUUGAGAUGGUAUGGGAAUAAAAAUUGACUUGGCGAUGUUGAGCAAAUGGAGUUCUGUUUUCGGGAAUCGGGGAAAAAAAGGGGUGUUAAUUUACUUGUGUUUUUUCUUCUUGGCUCGUAAAUGAAAUAAGGGUUUGCCAAUUCCACGGUUCACGAAUG